AUGGACGCCGUGGCGAACAACCACACCACCUUAGAUUUUCUGCGCCAGCCGUCACCCGGCGUCGACCAGACGAGAGACAAAACGACGCGCCGCGCGACCACCCUGUCCCUCCUGGCAAACGUCACCCUCUUUGCCGUCAAGCUGUGGGGUUUCAUCCUGUCUGGGUCAAAGUCCGUGCUCGCCAGUUUGGCGGAUUCCGCGGUGGACAUCGCGUCCCAGCUUGUCAUUUACAUUUGCUACCGGAGAGCGAAGCACGUGGAUCCGCGCUACCCUGUUGGAAAGGCGCGCCUGGAGACUGUGGGCACCAUAAUAAGCGCCUGCAUAAUGGCGCUCAGCGCGGUGGAGGUCAUACAGGUUUCUGGAGCGGAAGUGGUGAAGGCCAUCAGCACAGGCGGCACGCCGGAGUUGGAGAUCGGGUUCUGGGUGUUCGGCAUCCUCGGCGGCGCCAUUGGCCUCAAAGCCGCGCUGUUCCUCUACUGCCGCAGCCACAGGGCCGUGUCUGACACCGUGCUCGUCCUGGCGGAGGACCACUGGAACGACGUCAUCAGCAACACCGCCGCGGUCGUGGCUGCAGCGAUCUCCAGCCGCAACCGCGACAGGCUGUGGUGGGUGGACCCCACAGGCGGAAUCAUGAUCUCCCUGUAUAUAAUUUAUUCCUGGGUGAAGCUGGCGAUGAAGCAAAUAGACCAGAUUGUUGGCCGAAGCGCCCCAGACAGCUUCAUUGAAGGCGUUAAGGCUCUGGCGAAUGCACACGAUGGCGACAUGGAGGUGGAUGUCAUCCGUGCGUACCACUUCGGGCACCAAUACUUUGUGGAACUCGAGGUUGUCUUCCCACCGCACAAGACGGUUGCAGAGUCACACGAUGUGGCCGUGCAUCUCCAGCAGAAGGUCGAGGCCUUGCAGAGAGUGGAGCGAGCAUUUGUGCAUGUGGACUACCAGAAGAGGGACGCACCAGAGCAUAACAUAGACUGGAGUCGCACCUCACUGCUAGGUGACCACUUCAACCCACGUGCGCCAUGCGGGUGA